ACCAAAAAACCCUAAAGCCCACUCAACUUCGAUUUCUACAAAAUCUCAUAAAUCAAAAUCGUUCUUAGUGUCGAAGAAGAAAGAAAGAGAAGAUGAGUACAGGCGCAGGAACCGGAACAACCAAAGGUGGGAGAGGAAAGCCCAAAGCAACCAAAUCCGUGUCCCGUUCAUCUAAAGCCGGUCUUCAAUUCCCCGUCGGAAGAAUCGCCAGAUUCCUCAAAGCCGGGAAAUACGCGGAGCGUGUCGGUGCCGGAGCUCCGGUCUAUCUCUCCGCCGUUCUCGAAUACCUCGCCGCUGAGGUGUUGGAGCUCGCUGGAAACGCAGCGAGGGAUAACAAGAAGACGCGAAUUGUACCAAGACACAUACAGCUUGCGGUGAGAAACGAUGAGGAGCUUAGUAAGCUAUUGGGAAGUGUGACGAUUGCGAAUGGUGGAGUUUUGCCUAAUAUUCAUCAGAACCUUUUGCCUUCUAAGGUUGGCAAGAACAAAGGAGAUAUUGGAUCUGCUUCUCAGGAGUUCUGAGUUUCUCUCUUCUUCUUUAGUUCUUUUGUACCCUUCCUAGUUCAGUUUCUGUUGCUUGGAACUUGUAAAAUAGACCCUGAAGUUUGUUUUUUUUGGGGGUUCAGAUUUGGUUUAAAUGCUUUUUAAGUAUUAAGGCUUUUGGAGACAUAUGUUUAAUUACUGGAUGCAUAUUAUAUUAUAUAUUCGGAUCAUGAUGAUGGAUCAA